UCUCGAAGCGCCAUCCAUGAGUUUGAGCUCUUGAAAAGGUUUCUAUGGUUUUUUAAUCCACUUUUUUUCCUCUUUUGUUUACACACCACUGUCCCGUUGAUGCAUUCAUUGGAAAUUGAGACGUCAUCGAAAUGUAAUUAAAUGUAGUCGGUUCAAUUACUUUGAGAAAAGCGCUUGAAAUAGUUCCAUUUUGCAAAGUCGUCUUCCCAACACUGCUGAUUAAAAAAAAGGAAAAAAAGAAGGAGAGAAAAUGGUUGUUUGAGGAUGCAAAUUGUUGAUUUGUUUGUUUGUUGAAAACCUCGCGCACGCGCACUGCUGAGUGAGGGCGCGGUGGACGACGGGAAGAAGAGGAAAGCGAAACUCGCCCGGUCGCCGGCGACUCUUUCGUGGACGCGGCCUGCGUUCGAGUUCCGUCGGCGGGCGGAAGGGGGGUCCCACUCGGAUGAGGAUGAAGCCCACUGCGAUGACGCGAGACGACGGGGCCGCGCACGCGGGGAGGAAGCUCCGCUUUCGGCGUCCGUACGUGGGCGUCGGGGGCGAGUGUUUUGGGGGUCACGUGGUCGCUCAUGGAGAAAAAGCUGGCGCGGCGCGUGCGCUGCACGAGCACAGGUGAGCGUCCACCUAGAAACACGCACGAGCCGGACGUGUACGCGCACGCGCGCACGGUUGUACAUAACGUCACGUUUCGGGGUCAUUAUUUAGCGCUAAUUCUUACUCCAGCUGCUUUGCCGUUGAACACUUUAUUUUUUAUUUUUUAUUUUGAUAUUCAAUGUUGGGAAGAUGACUGGAAAUGUAACUUGUAAUUAUAACCAACUGCAUUUCCAAAGCGUGUUUUGCGUGUGUGUGCGUGUGUGUCUAUAUAUAUAUAUAUAUAUAUAUACGUGGGUUAUUUUACAACUGGCUUAAGUUACAAAACUGCACACCUACACUAAAGUAAAGUAAACACCCUUCGCUAAUUUAAUAUCCCUUACCGCGCUGCUCGUUAGACUGAAUUGAUAGGCCCAGCACCUGGCGCACUUCCAACAACAAAAACCAGUCCACAAAAGCGCAUUCUUCGGCGGCCCGUCGAACUAACGCCGUCGCCCAACGACACGACUGACUAACGUCGAGCCAGUUAACAGCCAGCCCUAGCUAACAGCGAACCCUAACCCACUCUACGUUCUCGUUCGCUGACUUUCACGUCACUUCGCAGGCCAAGCUCCCCUUUCAAAGGCCCACGCACGUUCACUGCCACAGAUACUACAGUGUAGAAUGUGUGGAUGACGACCCCAAGUGGACAAAACUCAUAUCCGCAUAUAUUUUGGUAUUACUGUACAGUGGACCCCCGCAUACCCGCGGUUCGGCACCUGCGUAUUCACCUACACACACGGAGCGCUUGUAUUUUCACGUGGUCGGCGCGAUGAGUUUCAUUAGUGUCUCUGUCAUCGGCCAAUGGGCGACGUUCCGUCCUCUGCCGCCGGCCAAACAGGUGCUUGGAUAACUCCGCCCCCUCUUCUUUAAAAGUCUGCUCGCGUGCGCGCGCGCGCACACACGGCCAUGUCGCACAGCCACAGCACCCUCACUCAAACGCGCCUCGAGAAGACGUGGGUGCCGUGGGUGCGAAACCGACUCAGCAAGCGUCGAGGAUCGUCGGUUCCGCAGUUCACCAACUCGCCCACCAUGAUCGUGAUGGUCGGACUGCCCGCCCGCGGGAAAACGUACAUCUCCAAAAAGCUCACCCGCUACCUCAACUGGAUUGGCGUCACCACCAAAGUGUUCAACGUGGGCCAGUACCGGCGAGACGCCACCCGCGCCUACAGCAGCUUUGAGUUCUUCAAACCCGACAACGCCGAGGCCAUGACGAUCCGGAAGGCGUGCGCCAUCGCCGCGCUCAAGGACGUGUGCGACUACUUCACCAGCGAGCAGGGCCAAGUGGUGGUUUUCGACGCCACCAACACGACAACGGAGCGCCGAGCGGUCAUCCUCAACUUCGCGAAGGAAAACGGCUACAAGGUUUUCUUUGUGGAGUCCAUCUGUGAUGAUCCAGAGAUCAUUGCUGAGAAUAUUAAGCAAGUGAAGCUAAGCAGUCCCGAUUACAUCAACUGUGACAAGGACGAGGCUGUGGCCGACUUCCUGAAGAGGAUUGAAUGCUACAAGUUGACGUACGUGGCACUGGACGAUAUUAAGGACAGGAACUUGUCCUACAUCAAAAUCUUCAACGUGGGCAGCAGAUACCUGGUGAACCGCGUGCAGGACCACAUCCAGAGCAGGAUCGUUUACUACCUCAUGAACAUCCACGUCACGCCGCGCUCCAUCUACCUGUGUCGCCACGGCGAGAGCGAGCUCAACCUGGUGGGCCGCAUCGGCGGAGACUCCGGCUUGUCGGCUCGCGGCGCCGAGUUUGCCGGCGCUCUGGGAGCGUACGUGCGCAAGCAGAACAUCAGCGAGCUGAAGGUGUGGACCAGCCACAUGAAGAGGACCAUCCAGACGGCGGAAGGUCUGGGGGUCGCGUACGAGCAGUGGAAGGCUCUCAAUGAGAUCGACGCUGGCGUAUGUGAGGAGAUGUCGUACGAGGAGAUUCAGGAGAAUUAUCCGGAAGAGUUUGCACUGCGAGACCAAGACAAGUACCGCUACCGCUACCCAAAAGGCGAGUCUUACGAGGACCUGGUCCAGCGUCUGGAGCCCGUCAUCAUGGAGCUGGAGAGGCAGGAGAACGUGCUGGUCGUCUGCCACCAGGCCGUCAUGAGAUGUUUGCUAGCGUACUUCCUGGACAAAAGUGCAGCGGAACUGCCCUACCUCAAGUGUCCUCUUCACACGGUCCUCAAACUCACCCCGGUCGCCUACGGGUGUAAAGUGGAGUCGGUCUUCCUGAAUGUCGAGGCUGUGAACACGCACCGCGAUAAACCUGAGAACGUGGACGUGGACAGAGAAGCGGAAGAGGCGCUGGAGACCGUCCCGGAGCACAUCUAGACCACCACGGAGAAAAAAGACAAAAGAAAAACGCCGCCAACCAGCCCGUUUAUUUCCUCAGACAGAAUGUGGACUAGAUUAGGUUUUAAUUGGUAACUAACCUUCCAAAGCGAACGAUGGCCGCCUACUUUGAGUGCUUUACACACAAGUAUUGAAUUCAAACAUGUCCACGCCAAGUCAACAACCCUUGAUACAACAGUGCCCCCUUGUGUCGAGGCAACACUCAUCAUAUCGUGUGACAUCUCCCCAACAAAAAACAAAAACAUUUAGAAAGCCAGAUUGCUAAUAGGUAAUUGUUAUAAAUUCAGACUCUCCUUCUUUUUGGGUGUUCUCUUUGGAAUAGUUUUUCUUCUAUUUGUGUCUUUUCUCUUUUCCCCCUUGUGAUGUGGAGAGGUUUCCUUGUAUGCUUUGAUGAGCUCCUGUCUAGUUUAUCUGUAUUG